GUGACGCCGACACGGCCAGACACCUCGUCCUCGUCCCUUUGGCUGGCUGCUCCGUUAGUGGCCGAACGUGUUCUCGUCACCCAGCCCGGAUUGUUGGAUUGUUCUCGACCCACAUCGGCAAUCGUCAAGGAAAUCGCACGGAAAUCAGCGACACAUUCCCGCCCGCUGCAAUGGCAUACGGUGAACGCGAACGUUCUGAUAGACGAGGAGGAGGUAGUGGCGGCGGCGGAGCACGCGGAGGUCGAUUCGGCGGACGCGACGGAGGCGGAGGGGGUGGCAGUAGAUUCAGCAGCAGCGCAAACAGAGACAGCAGUUUCGGGAACAACAAUUUUAAGAACCGGCAGCCCGGGGAGCGUCUACGUAAACCACGUUGGGAUAUGAGCACUCUGCAGUCCUUCAGAAAGGACUUCUACCAGCCACACCCCAACGUAAUGGCACGGGGUAUUCAUGCCGUGGAGUCAUACCGUUCCAACAAGGAGAUCACUGUGAAGGGAGCUAACGUUCCAGGUCCCAAUGUUUAUUUCGAGGAAGGUGGCUUCCCGGACUACGUUCUCAACGAGAUUCGUAGACAGGGAUUCGGCGAGCCGACCGCAAUUCAGGCACAGGGUUGGCCCAUCGCGCUGUCCGGUCGGGAUAUGGUCGGUAUAGCGCAGACAGGUUCGGGAAAGACUCUGGCGUACAUUUUGCCGGCGAUCGUUCACAUAAAUCAUCAGCCCAGACUGAGCCGGAAUGACGGACCGAUCGCAUUGAUCUUGGCACCAACCCGAGAAUUGGCGCAGCAAAUUCAGCAAGUCGCGUCGGAUUUUGGUAUGUCUUCUCAGGUGCGAAACACAUGCAUCUUCGGCGGCGCCCCGAAGGGACCACAAGCGCGCGACCUCGAACGCGGCGUAGAAAUUUGCAUUGCCACGCCGGGUCGUCUCAUAGACUUCUUAGAGCGCGGCACGACAAAUCUACGUAGAUGUACAUACCUAGUCCUCGACGAGGCCGAUAGGAUGCUCGAUAUGGGCUUCGAGCCUCAAAUUAGGAAAAUUGUAGAACAAAUACGUCCCGAUCGUCAGACUCUCAUGUGGUCGGCCACGUGGCCGAAGGAAGUGCGUAAUCUCGCGGAGGAGUUUCUAACGGACUACAUACAGAUCAACAUAGGCUCCCUACAGUUGGCCGCCAAUCACAAUAUUCUGCAAAUUGUGGAUGUAUGCGAGGAAUACGAGAAGGAAAGUAAACUUAUGAAACUGUUGGAAGAAAUCUCAAACGAACCGGAAAAUAAGACUAUAAUAUUUGUGGAAACUAAGAGGAAAGUCGAUGAUAUAACAAGAGCUAUUAAUAGAUACGGAUGGCAAGCGAUUGGUAUUCACGGAGACAAAAGCCAACAAGAAAGAGAUUAUGUAUUAAAUCAGUUCCGGAAUAGCAGGUCUGCCAUCCUUGUGGCUACUGACGUGGCGGCGAGAGGUUUAGAUGUCGAGGAUGUCAAAUUUGUGAUAAACUUGGACUAUCCGUCCAACUCUGAGGACUAUGUGCACCGUAUCGGACGUACUGGUCGCUCGCAGCGUACAGGAACUGCGUACGCCUUUUUCACGCCCGGCAAUGCUCACAAGGCUGGUGACUUAAUCCAAGUUCUGGAAGAGGCCAAGCAAGUUGUCAACCCGAAACUGUAUGAUUUAUCCAGGAAUCCUGGCGUUUAUAAGAGAGGACGAUAUGGCGGACGCAGCGGAGGUGGUGGAGGUGGACGAGGUUCCGGAGGCCGUGGCGGUUCACGAGGUAGUCGUGGAGGACGUGAUGCGGGAGAUAGAGGAAGAUUCGACCGCUCUUCCGGUACUGGCGCGAAUGAUCGCGGCAACAAAUGGUCCGGAAGCAGUAGCGGUGGCAUGGGCGGGGCUAGCUAUGGAAGCAGUAAAUCAUUCCCACAAAACAGCUUCGGGAGCGGAACUUCCGGCGGUGGCUCCAGUAGCUACAGCCAGAACAGUAGCGGGUAUGGCGGAAGCAGCUACAGGCAACAGAACGGCUAUUGACUUCGAACAAACGGUCAAAUAAUACUCCCAUCUGCGUUCCAGAGGGAAUAAUAGCAGUCGACGAUUGAUAUGAGCCGACGAGCCCACAGUUGCAGAAAAUCGUUCCAAAAAAAAAAUUAUACACUCACAUUCUCACGAGAGCAUACGUCUCCUUUUUUUCUUUUCUAGUACACAUCAAUGCUUCAUUAGCUCUAAGUAAUAUUAUAAUAUUAUCAAUUGUGCAAGUCACAUGUGUUACACUUAGGAUAGCUCCUUAAUAUAUUUAGGCGGUCAGUUAUGUCAUAUGAUUGUCGCUGAUAUAGUAUUAAAUUCGAUUGGCUUGCCGCUGUACAUUCAAUAAAAUAGUGUAAGAAUGACACGAAAAAAAAAAAGCUGAAACGUGGCGUUACUCUUUGCUAAGUGGUUUUUCUCUAACGUUUCUUUAACGCAGUGUGCGUAUUUAUUUUUUACUUGUGCAUAUUUAUUUUCACGAUAUCUGUAUCGUUAUACGUUAUACGUAGCGAUAUAAAUUUUUAUUUAUUAUUUGUAUAAUUGCAAUUUAUUUCCAUUAUAAACACGUUUUCAGAGAUUCUGUAAUGUGUGUUGUGUAAAUUAUUGAUGUAUAAACGUGUAAUUAUAGUCGGCAUUCAAUCAACGCGAGAAUGUGACAUAUUUUGAUAAGUCAUGUUACGUAUAAGAUAGAUGUCUGAAUGCCGUCAUCAUAAACACGCGUAUAUACAUGCUAAUAUUAGAUUUACUAUGAAAUAUCCUAUCUAGAGAGACUCGGUGAUUUCGUUAUCCCAUUAUCGAUAACAAUUAAUCUUCAUCGAGUGCCAAGGAAGACUGCUUCAUUCAUUGGUCAAUCUGCUUAUCGAGAAUCAUACGAUCCGGUCCGGAAUUUGCCCCUUUACUCAAUAAAAACAUUUACUUCACCGAGA